AUCAGGACACGGGAUUAAUGAAUUUUCAAAAACUCAUUAAUUUCUUUCUUCUUUCUUUUUGAACUUUCCGGGAAAAUGAAUUAUCUGCGUCAACUCUUUCGCGUGGACAGUAUUGUUGAGAUAAACAUAAGAAAUACACAGUACUUUCCGGCCAAGUUCUUGAACUAAUCGGAGACGGCCACACCUACAAGGUGCAGUACUUGGCCCGUUUCGCUGAUCAAGAACUCACAACGCCGCUCAUUUCAGUGGUUCCCGUGUGGACUAUGAGGCCUCUUCCGCUGCUGCUGACUGAUCGGAGUUUCAAGGUGCAAGAUAUUGUGGAUGUUAUGUUCAAAGGCAGUUGGCUCAAAUGAUAUUAUAUAGCAACAUUAAGAGGUCCUGAUCAGUACGUUGUAUUUGUGCCAGAGCAUGGCAACAUUUUCUCCGAUCAGAUUCGGUUUCAUGGCGAUUGGCUGGCCUUUCCAGUCUACGGGUUUCCAAUGUACGUACUAAUGAUCAUCAUGUUUCUUGGUUUUCUUAUACAUUCUUGGAUUCUUUAAUUAUUUUUCUUUAGUUGUUUCUUGGAGAUUUUUCAAGAAUUCGGAUUCUUGGGAGUUCAUUAAUUGUCAAAGUUAAAAUCAGUAUGGUGGAAUCUUGUAAUUUAAUUGUUUCUUGGAGAUUUUUCAAGAAAUCAGAUUCUUGGGAGUUCAUUACUUGUUUAGUUUAAAAUCAGUAUGGUUCUUGAAUUGAAUCUUGUAACUUCCGGGUCUGGUUGUCCUCCUGAUUUCUCUGAGGCCUCGACCAAAUGUUCUUCAAAUUGCUGCUGCUGAAGAUAACCGUAACUGAGCAAAUGGUUGAUUUUGAGAGUGAAACGUGAACUGUAAUUUCUGGAUUUAAUUUGAUCAUAAUGACUGUAUAAUUAGUGGCAUUAUGCGCAGGUUAUUAUUUUAGUAAUUCUGAUUGUUAAUUUGGCAGAUGAGAUUAGUUAAUCAGGUCAUCUGCUAGUUGAGUUUAUGAGAGUUUUGAUAUAUAAUAAGCAGAGACCUAAUGGCUUAUUGUAGUUUUAUAGUUUGGGUAUAUAUGUUAGUCUUCUCAGAAUUCCUAUUUUUCUGAUGAAACAGAUGAAUGUAUUCAAGUGCAUGUUUUUAAUAUAUAAUCACAUAGAACCAACUCUUUUGUUAUCAGAGCAGCAGCAGCAGUAUGAGGUUUGCAUUUUUUUUCUUUCAAGAGGGUAUUGUCAAAACAGAGAUACUCUGUGCAUUAUAAGAAUCUGAGCCAAUUCCUAAUUCAAGAUAGCAUGCAAGUUAUCAAAAGAGAUUUGAGUCAGUUUAGAGUUAAGAAUGUCCAAUUGCAGACACCAGAAGUUCAAAAUGGCAUGACAAACCCUAAAUUUGUUUCUUGGCGUGAAAGUCAAGUGUUGGAGUAUUUGAUUUUUACAACAAAAUAUCAAACAAAGUCCUAAUUAAGUUAUAGAGCCAUCAAGACUACUUCGUAUAUUGGGGAUUCAGAAUCCUACACCAACUAGUAUUCCUAGUUAAACACUAUAUCUAUCUUCUAAUUUUGAGUUUGACUGCAUUCUUUCUAUUAUAAAUACCACCCCACUCUCUUCACUCUUAACUACACCUUCUUACCCUAAAAUCCAAAUAUGAAGAUCAUCUUGAAGAGAAAGAGAAUCUUGGCGAGUACUGAACUUGGAGAACAUCAACAAAACAAGGCUUAUGACAACAGCGGAGCAACAUGGUGGAGAAGAGAAUUACUGGGAGAAGGAGGCUAUGCCUCUGUUUACUUGGCCAUAUCCAAGAAACCCAAAUCAAGAAAUCUAAUGCGUCCUGUAACUAUGGCCGUCAAAUCUGCCGUGGUAUCCAAGUCAAGUUCGCUGCUCAAAGAAAAGCAGAUUUUCGACCAUCUUGACGGGUCGUCUCCUUAUGUCCUUCAAUGCUACGGUGAGGAAACUACUUCCAACAGCAAAGGUGAAACUUUUCACAAUCUUUUAUUAGAGUACGCCUCUGGUGGAACACUCUCUAGUCAUAUAGAGCGAUCGUAUUCGUAUGGCGGUGGAUUGCCUGAAUUGGAUGUUAAAAGAUUUACAAAGUGUAUUCUUGAAGGUAUUUAUGAGAUUCACAGGCAUGGCUAUGUGCAUUGCGAUUUAAAACCUGAGAAUGUGCUUCUUGUUUCUACUGAUGAAAGCGGUGUGUUUGUGCCCAAGAUUGCGGAUUUCGGGUUGGCCAAGAAAGUGGGAGAUCCUGAUUUCAUGGGUGGGACUUUAAUGUAUAUGGCUCCUGAGACGGCUACUGAUGAUAUUCAAGACUGUGGGUGUGAUAUUUGGGCUCUGGGAUGCAUUGUUUAUGAGAUGCUGACAGGGUCUCCUCUUUGGUACGGUUAUGAUUCGACGACUAAUGAACUCAUGACAUCGAUUGCGGAUAGAUACGAACUUCCUGAAAUGCCGUGUGACAUAUCGAGAGAUGCGAGAGCCUUCUUGGAAAGAUGUUUGGCGAAGAACAAAAGGUUUAGGUGGAGUGCUGGGAUGCUACUGAAUCAUGCUUUCAUGACAGGAUUCAGUGAGAUACAAGGCAGUGAAAAUUUGGACUAUGGUUUCUCUUCGAUAGGGCAAUGUGUUGUUGGUACUAGAGCAACUUACGUUCAGCAAGGGCCUGCUCAUAUCUGUUAGACAUAGAACUGAGUAAAUUCAAAUUACUUAUAUUAGAAUUUAGAAACAAUUGUUUAGUUUUGAGAAAGUUGAUGUAAAUUCAAAUUAGUUA